AUGAAGUGCUCAUACCCUUUCUUGCAAAUUUGGCCAAGUCUGGACUUAAACCAGACAAGAAUUUUAAACAACAUGCGUUUGCAAUGGCAGCGGCUGAAGUGAACAAGAAAUUUGGUACUUCAUUUGCCACCAAAAGUGUUGUUAAUCAUAUGAAAACACUUCGUUCUUGGUUUCAAGACAUGCAGGCUGCUCGUAAUAUCAGUGGCGCAGGUUGGGAUGAAGAUACACAAACUAUUAUGCUGGAUCCUGAGAGCUUUGACACGUGGAAUGAGGCUAAAAACAAAAGCAGGCUUAAAGAUUACAUCAAUAAGCCUCUGAAACACUACGAGAACCUGUCCGUCAUUUGUGGAGAUGAUCAAGCACGAGGUGACUUUGCUAAGGCUUCAAUGGAGAAAUUUGGUGGUCAUGAGCCUAUUAAUCUUGCAGAUGAUGCCACUGAGGAUGCCGACAUUCCUAUGACCCAGAAAUCCCAGCCCACGGUCAACAUGCUAGAUGAAGACAAUCAAUCGCAAAACAAUACCGUCAAAGCCCCCUACCAGGACUAUCCAAAGAAAAUCCCAUCGGCUAAAGUGAGGGGGAGGAAGGCCCACUCUGAGCAUGAGAUCAUGCAACAAAUGGUAGAUGAAGUUAAACACUUUUCUUCUUGUCUCAAUCUUGUUAACCUGCACUGGACAGAGAAAUUGUCCAAAGCUAUCUUCAGGCACAAAGAUACAUACCCAAUAGAAUGCCUUGAGCUUUUUUAUGAUAGCAUAUAUGAAGAUGAAUCCAAGGCCAGGCAUUUUAUAGGUAAGAGUGACUUUGGUCAAAGGGCUUUGUUGGACAAUUUCAUGAAGAAGCAAGAUGGGGGAAGCUAGGUUAGCUAUCCAGGUACCACAUAUGAUUCUAUGUCAUGGUUGAGGUGCCCCAUUAGCGUCCUUCUUUGCUGGUAUGACAAGCUGUCACUUUUUUAAAUUAACUUGAACGGUGCAAUGAUGAGUGCAUGCACAUAUAAGAUGC